AUGCUUUACAUUCAACAGGCGGGACAAGAAACACGUUUGGUCAGCACCAGUUCUGGUCCUAGUACUACUGGCUCAGAAGUCAAGUCUUCUGCGGUAGUCAAGUACAGUUCUGUCAAAUUUCCAGUUCAGUUCUCGACAAUUCGCCUGAACACUGAUUUGAAUUACCCGCCCAGCGGCAGACAUCAGGCUGGCUUUUACAUGUUCCAGGAUCAGCACAUGCAUCAUAAUGCCCCUCACUUCUCUCAGUUUCUAAGUGUCAAUAUGGCUGAUACAUAUCAAGAUUUGGUUGGAAAAGUUGAUGUCAUCUCAUCGUCUAAGAAUAUUAAAACGCUGUUGAAAAUGCCAUACAGUGAAUCACCAUCUGUCAGUAUUAUAGUUCAUCGUCUGCGUAAGACAUUGCUGUUAGAAGAGUUUGAUGUUCACAAGCAUUUGUUAAAAAAAGAGGCAGAAGAAUGGAGCUGGUUGAAAUCUUACUACAAUAAAGUGAUCGCCAAAGGACAAGAAGACAAAAGCAAAUGCAUUGUCAGUGCCAACCCAAGGCGAGAUUCAUUUACAGAAAAAAUUUAUAUGAAUCUCAUUCGCCAUAGUUUUGCAGCAAGUGUCGACGUCAGUGAGUGCACAGCUCUAGAAACUGCAGACAACAGAUCAAAACACAUUGAGCCUGUGUUAGAACCACCAGAGGAUUUGAAAGGCUUUCACCAUGAGACGUUAUGGAAGUUUGAGGACAUAAGCAUGCUGAUUGACAGCGAUUUACCUAUUUUUGGCAGUGGUGAAACCCGUCGACCUUGUAUCAGCUUGAGACUUCGAGAUGCUCGAUCACCACCAAUAAAUGUCCUCACCGGGCUAGAUUAUUGGCUGGAUAAUUUAAUGAGCAAUGUUCCAGAAGUGGCCAUGUGUUAUCAUGUGAAUGGACUUGUACAGAAAUAUGAAGUUAUGAGAACAGAAGACAUCCCAAAUUUAGAAAAUUCCAGUUUUGAUCCAAAUGAAGUCCUUGACAUAGCACAGAACCUCAUGUCUUUUAUUAAAAGACAGGCAGCAGUUGAAGGUCAUACCUACUGGUUGUAUAAAAGUGAAAAUGAUGACAUGGUAAAACUGUAUGAUCUCACUGACUACUGCAAGAAUGAGAUUUCCGAGGGAGACAACCCAUUUACUGUUCCUGUUGGCUUGCUGUGCCAUAGAGUGGGAAGGAAUCUAAUCAGAUCGAAGCAGAGACGAACUGCUGAUGUCAGAGCGAUGUUUGAAAAUUGUGUUAGACUGCUAGACGAGAACAAACAUGCUCAGGUGUGUGCUGAAGCACACUUCCACCUGAGUGACCUGUGGGUACCUGACAAAUCGGUUAAUGAUGUCUGGCAAGAGAAAGGCAGAAUAUCUGAUCCGCCCUCAGAUUUAUAUGAUGAAGAUGAGGCAGGUUCAGAUGACAGCUCGGGCCAGGAGAAGCCAGCUGACAAUGCUGAAUAUGUGCGUGAGGACGGCAGCAAAAAUGUGAAGUCUCUGAAACUUGAAGAGGAGAAAACAGCUUCAGAAAAGUAUCAAGAAAGAGAGAAGUCAAUAAAUGCAGUGGCUAUAAAAGAACUUUUCGUCAGGGGCAUGAUUAAGAGAAAAGCAUGGAACACAGUCCAAGCUUGCCACAUUGCGGGAUCCACAGAUGAAAGGUGUACAAUUGCAUUGUCUCAUAUACGCAAGGGCUUGAACAUUGUAGACAAAGACAUGUCUAAGGGCAAGAAUAUUGGCUUGGUGGAAACUCAGAGAACAUGUAGUCCCUCCAAGGCUAUCCCUUUGCACUAUGCUCCACUGGGCAAGAAAAGAGGGGAAAGAGAGGAGAGACCUAAGGAACAAGAAGGCCCUCAGAGAUGCAACCCAUUUACACCAAUACCUUUACACUAUGCUUCCCUGAACAAAUCAAAGGAAAGCUCAGUAGAUGCCGCAUCCAGUGAUACAUCAGAUGGUAACCGGACAGGUAAAAUCUCUCCAGUAAGUCAUUCAGAGAUGCCUGGCUUAGGUGCAGACUACAACACCAGUGAAGGAUUUGCCGGUUAUCCAAGCACCACAGAGGAUGAAGAUGUCUCACAGUCCUGGCAUUUUGAGGCUAAGUUUCAGCUGUUGAAGAAGGCAGCCAUUAUUUACUUUGUCCUGGCCAAGGAGUUUUAUGAGAUCAAGAAAUAUGGUCAUACACUGAGACACCUACGAUAUGCAGUACAUUGCUAUGAGGCUAUGCAACUGCUGAAAAGGGAUUCUAAAGAAAAGCAUGAAAAUGAGGAACUAUUUUUGAUGUUGUUGUACCUUGCUGCCAAGACACGGUUCUCCAUGCACACCAACUGGCAGUCCUGUCACAAAGACUUCGAGGAGCUUGGGGAAGAAGAGGCAGCCAUCCUGCACUCAGCUCAGUCACUGGUGACCACACCAAGAAAUGCCUGGAUUUACGAGUGGCCCAACAACAAGGAAUCAAAUCUCCUUGCAGCCAGUGAGGCUUAUCAACAAGCCUUCAAAUUGCCAAUCCUUAAGAAGAAACCACAGUCUUUCUAUCUUCUGAUGAAGAAAAACUAUGCAGCUUGCAUUAUGACUUUGGGCUACACACAGCUGGAGAUCUGUAAAGAGAAAGUCUGCAAGAAGGACAGUUUUGCAACCAUCCAGCCAGUGUGGAAUAAAAGCCUAGUGAACUUCCAAAAAGCCAUCAAAAUGUUUGAAAAAUUUGGCGACAAGAACACAGCCGGACACAAUUGUGUGAAUGUGGCCUACUUGUAUGUGUUAGCUGCAGCAGCCGUUGUUAACGACUCACCGUCUGAUUUGUUUCCUGCACAAGAGAAGGAAUAUUUAUCAAAGGUGGUUGAGUGGUACGAGAAGGGGCUCAGCAAAUAUGAAAAGGGUGAGAAGAAUGAUUCCUACAGGGAGACAAUCAACCACAACUUGAGGAUGCACUACCACCAGCUGGCACAGCGCUAUUUCACUUUGCCCACUGGCAUGAUCACGGAGCAAGAUCUUCGCUGUAUAAAGGAUCUGCUACAGAAGUCACUGUCCUACUGUUUCACAGAUCUCCGUGAGAAACACUUGAAGCAGAGUCAGAUUUGCGCAGCCAACAACCACCUGAACCUGGCCAGAGUCUUCGAUGUUGAGGCAGCUAGUUGU